UUCUCUUCUCUCCCACCGCGCAUGCGCAUUGCGGUCACUAAGCCCGGUGCGCUCCGCUCUCGCCGUGUCCCUGCCCGCGGCCUGUCUGUGGAGGAGAAGCGGCGGAGCCCCCGCGCACAUGCAGUCUGAGUUUACCCCGGGGACGGACGGUCUCAUGGAGCGGGUCGGAGCGACACAGUCUCGUUUGGGUUUGAGUUCACCAUGCGCUGCGGGACAACACUAAGAUGUGUGUGCGCUCUCAGAUAACCUUUUUGCUUCUCGCCUGCAACUUCUGCGCCUUCGUUUAUGCCCAGGACCCAUCCUGCUGCCAUCAUGCUGCCGAGUUCUCUCAGUGUAGAGAAGCCUGCGAUCAGCUUACAAGUAUUAGAAGUGAAUCCCAUUUGAGGUUCCUUUACCAGCGUCUACCAAGCUACUGUCCAGAGUCUAUGAAUGAGCUUUGGAUCUGUAUCAACUCUACGUUACCAGGAGCAUCAAGGAAAUCAGAUGGGUGGGUGGGUCUGGGCUGCUGUGAGUUGGCCAUCUCAGCAGAGUGCCGCAGGGAAUGCAAACAGGCAUCUUCUAAGAACGAUAUCAUAAAAGUAUGCAAAAAAGACACAGAGAAACCGCUCUACAACUGUAUCACCAAAAAUGAAAUGGGCUCCGUUUGCUGCAGCUAUGCAGGGAGACACACAAACUGCCGCGAGUACUGCCAGGCCAUCUUCCGCACGGACUCCUCACCCACCGUCUCCCAAAUCAACGCCGUCAAUCAGUACUGCCAGAGCAUCAGCCCACAGCUCAUCAAAUGCGUGGCCAACUACACCAAAUCCUACCCAACCAGGAGUCCCAUUGACAGCCUGUACUGUUGUGACCGUGCAGAGGAGGCCCAUUGUCAGACCGCCUGUAAACGCAUCCUGCGCACCAUGACCGCAGAGAACGAGAUCAUAGAGAGUCUGAUCGCCGAGUGUGGCAGUCAGCCCCUCCCUCAGGACCCCCUGUGGCAGUGCUUCCUGGGUAAUGUUUACCCUCCUACCAAAAGCAACCCAGAAACCUCACCCACAGCCAAGAUGGACUGCGCCAAGCUCCACUGCUGCUCCAAAGCUAAUACCUCGCUGUGCAGGGACAUGUGCCAGGAGAUCAGCACCAACUGGGGCACUCAGACAUGGCAGGAGUUUGACCAGCUGUGUGAGUACAACCCUGUGGAGACUGACCUCAUCACCUGUCUGGCAGAUGUGAGGGAACCAUGCCAGCUGGGCUGCAAGGAUCUCACCUACUGCACCAAUUUCAAUAACAGGCCCACAGAGCUCUUCCGGAGCUGCAACAUCCAAUCAGACCAGGGCGCCUUGAAUGACAUCAAACUGUGGUCCAAUGGAACCAUCCGGAUGCCUCUGAUGAGCAUUCCUGUUCUGGAUAUCAGAAAGUGCCGACCUGAGAUGUGGAAGGCAGUGGCCUGUGCUCUGCAGAUCAAACCCUGCUACAGCAAAUCAAGAGGCAGCGUCAUCUGCAAGUCGGACUGUGUGGACAUCUUGACCCACUGUGGGGACUUCACCCGCUUCCCAGAAGGGCAGACCCCUGAGCGUAUCUGUGAUCUUCUGUCCCCUACUGAUGACCCAGAGCGAUGCAUUCCCCUACACAGAUACCUCACUCCAAGCCCCUUUGAAAACAUCAUUGAGGAGGUGAUCCAUCCCUGUAACCCCAACCCAUGUCCCAGCAACCAUCUAUGUGAAGUGAACAGGAAGGGCUGUCACCCAGGACAAGACUGCCUGCCUUACUUCUGUGUGCCUGGCUGCAAACUGGGCGAAGCCUCUGAGUUCCUGGUGCACAUGGAGGCGCGGAUCCAGGUGCCUGUGCGUAGUGGCCAAGUAGGCUGCUACGAAGUGUGCACCUGUGGCCAGAGCGGGCGGCUGGAGAGCUGCGCUGUGAUGCCCUGCAUUGACACCACCAAAACCUGUGUCAUGGGAGAACAGAGGAAAAGUCAUGGAGAAUCUUUCAAGGUAGACUGUCACUUGUGCUCCUGUUAUGCUGGAGACACCAUCUGCUCCUCCCGCCAGUGCCCCAGCCUAGAGCACCCAGACGAGGACCGCCGCCUCUUCGUAGGCCUUCCAUGUGGCUGUGCUGAUCAUUUUGUUCCUGUGUGUGCCCGUAAUGGACGUACGUACCCCAGUGCAUGUGUGGCGCGCUGUGUGGGCUUCCAGGAUAAUCAGUUUAAGUUUGGCUCCUGCAGGAGUUCCGAACCCUGCUCACCAAACCUCUGCCAGAGGAACCAGAGGUGCAUCCCUAAGAGGCGGGUGUGUCUGACGGACACAAAAGAGUACCCGUGUCUGCAGUAUGAGUGUGUGAGCCGCCCUUCAGGCUGUGACCCGAACCAGCUGGAUCCUGCCUGUGACACAGACAACAUGGAGCAUGCUAACCUGUGUCUGCUCUACCAGCGGGGCAAGACCCUGGCCUACAUGGGACACUGCCAGGAUGCCUGCAGAGUGCGUCAAGAAGUGUGUGGACACAACGGUGAGACAUACAGCACGGUGUGUGAGGCAUUCUCUGAUCGUGUGGCUGUGGACUAUCAUGGCCUCUGCCAUGCUGUGGGUGCAGUGUCAGAGUUCAUGGCUGACUCUGGCUGUAACGCAGUGCCCUGCCCACCUCUCUCCACACCGGGCUGCAACCCCGUCACCCCACCUGGUGCGUGCUGUCCUGUGUGUGCUGGAAUGUUGCAGAUCCUCUGGAAUAAACAGCAGAUGGAUCUCUUUGCUAUGCUGAACCAGAAUCAGCCAGUAACAGUGCAUGACAUUCUGAGGAUUCUGCGGCUGCACAUUUCUGUUCCUCAGUGCGACAUCUUUGGCUACCUGAGCAUCGACUCUGAAAUUGUCAUCCUCAUCGUGCCUGUGGACCAGCAGCCCACGCCACUGCAGAUUGAAGCCUGCAGUAAAGAGGCGGAGAAGAUUGACUCUCUGAUCAACUCGGGCAGCCCUACGCUGGUGUCCCACGUGCCCAUGUCCGCCUUCCUCAUGUCUGAGCUGAAGCUUUCCACUGUUAGCUCGGCUGCUCCCCCCAGCGCCUCCUCCCUCUCUCUCUGCCUCUGCCUCCUCCUCUCCAUGUUCCUCCUCUCCUUCACAGGGAGGGCCCCAUGGAAUGCUUAGACACGAGUGCCCCCCUAUGCUCCUCAAUGUCUGUUGCCAGGCAGCUGGACCGCACCGUUGACCUCUGACGUUCUUCCUUGGCCAGCCCUUUUCAUUACUGGAAGCGGCUCUGGUCCGUGUAGCAUUGACAAUCAAAAAAACAAAAAACAAACAAACAAAAAAAAAAAGCUGAUGAGAACAAUCAUUCUAACUAUGAUGGGACAGUGAGGUUUUGGACUCAUCAUUAAAUCAUUGAUGGACUGUAUUGCAAGCUGUAUUAAUAAACACAGCUUUGCUGUGUUUGAAUUAUCUUUGCUAAUCCAUUUUACUCACAGUACUGCAUUGGUGCACAGAGCAGAGCAUCAGAAAACAAGAUGAAGUGGAGCAGAUUUCUGGCUAUAGUGCUCUUCUCUGCUGCCUUUUAAUUCCAUUUUACUGGACCAGGUACUCCUCUGUGUGCUUCACCAUAUCAAAGUUUUAAACCCUUCAUAUCGUUUAUAGGAGGAGCUGAUAAAAAGCACUCAGUGGAAGUGGAUUAGGCAUUCCUCCCCAAGCUGAAAGACAGAAUAAAAGGGAUCUUUCUUCGUUCCUCCCUGUAGAUCAUAUAAUAAACCUAAAAGGAGGAACUUGCAGCCAUGUUAAAUGAAUAUGACAAUCAUAUUGCUUAUCCACAAGUGGGUAAUCACAGUAUGCCUUGCUUAUACAGUUUAUAUAUAUAUAUAUAUAUAUAUAUAUAUAUAUAUAAAUAUAUGUAAAGAUUUUUUUAUAUAUAGCAUUGCAGAAACUAAAAAACUAUGUUGAUAAAAAUAGCGAAAUGUUUUAUUUUAAGAUGUUUUCUGACCUGGUGGUCAGAGUCACAAUGUGCCAUUUUUUAAAAUCUUAUUCUUGCAUGAUGACAAUUAUGAAGUGUUUUUACAGAAAGCUUUGUAUUAUGUGUCCUGUAUGUCUGUCCGGUUACAUGUUAUGUCUAUGCCUAUGUCACAUGAAGGGUCUCCAAUUUUUUAACAGUAUUAUUGUGCUUAGGCAGCUUUGUAGCAUUCCCCACCAGUGGAGCUUUGUGCUGUCCUGUAUGUUUGUUUCUAUGUUUGCAACUCAACCGAUGUGUAUUUUUAUAAGAUAAUAAUAAAAGUGUUCAUAUUGCCAAA